CAAAAAAAAAAAACAAGUUCCCAACCAUAUAUUACUUUGCUAAAGAUCUUGCCUUAGAUAUGUCAUUUACAUCUGCAAAUCCCUAACGGCUUACACUCACACCUGCGGUGAAUUUAAAGUAUGAUUAGCCUAGGCCUGCAGGAGGCUGCGAGAGUUCCCAGAAAAAACAAGACUCACAGGCGGAAACAUGCAGUCCCCACAGAGAAGCCAUGGAACAAAGUGAAUUCCAGCAGCAGAAACCGGCAAGGUCAUCCAAAGAAUCUACAAUCAGAGUGCAACAAAGACUCCAUCACCAUGAGAACCUUUGCACAGGGCUAGGUCCAAAGCAACGACCGGGAAGAGGAAGACGCCGAGACACUGGAGGUCCACAGGAGUCUGAGACAGACACAGGCGUGGAAUGGGAAUCCUACAAUCAAUACUGAAGUGAAUGGAUCAUGGAUCCUUCAAUUCGCCGCUGCUUCAUCUGCGGUAGUGAGCGAUGAUGUCAGAAGGUCAGGAUUCCCCUUGUCUGGGAAACUCAUCGUUAACACGGCACUGAGCUCCACUUCAGCCUCUCAGCGAUGUCAGUCAUGAACACGAGCGGCGUCUGCAACGGAUCCUGUCACAACUUCACCUGCCAUGACACCCUCACCGUGGACGAAGCCGGGAAGCCCGUGACCAGCAUCGUCAUGUUCCUGGCCGGGGUGGUGGGCAACCUGUUGGCCCUCUUUAUCCUGGGUGUGCACCAGAAGGAGCAUCGCUCCAGAUCCUCCGUCUUCUGCAUCCUAGUGACCGGCCUGGUGGUCACCGACCUGCUGGGCACCAGCCUCCUCAGCCCGCCGGUGUUCAUCUGCUACGCCCGCAACAUAUCGUUGAUAGGCCUGGGCGGCAGUAACCUCUGCGACCUCUUCGGCUUUGCCAUGAGCUUCUUCGGCCUGGCUCCCACCCUCAUCCUGUGUGCCAUGGCUGUGGAGCGCUGCCUGGCCAUCAGCCACCCUUAUUUUUACUCCGUCCACAUUCGCUGCAGCUUCGCCAAAAUCACGCUCUUCUGCAUUUACCUCUUCUCCUUGGCCUUCUGCCUCCUGCCGUACAGCGGCUACGGCAAAUUCCGACAAUACUGUCCCGGGACGUGGUGCUUCAUCGACAUGGACGCCACAGGUGACCAGCAGGCCAACCUGCUGCUGGCCUUCUCGCUGUCCUACUCCUCCCUCAUGGCGCUGCUCAUCUUCGCGGUGUUCGUGUGCAACGGCUCGGUGAUCGUGAGCCUGUGCCAAAUGCACCGCAGUCAGCUGAUGCGCCGCGGCUCGGUGGCAUCUACGGUGAGAAGGAAGAAGACGCGGACCUGGUUCGGUCGGGGAGAAGAGGAGAUGGACCACGUGGUGCUGCUGGCUCUGAUGACUGUCAUCUUCGUGGUCUGCUCACUUCCUCUCACCAUCGCCGGCUUCAUCAACGCCAUUCACCCAUUUUCCGGCGACACGGCGAACCUGACGGCCUUCCGCUUCUACGCCCUCAACCCCAUAGUUGACCCGUGGGUCUUCAUCAUCUUCCGCAAGUCGGUGUUCCGUCACCUGUGCACUCUGCUGAGCUGCUCCUUCAGUAAAGGCGCCGUGAAGACCACCGCACACUGCGCUCUGUCUUUACCCCUGGAAAAUCACAAACCCCACAGCUGCCCGGACGUCACAGCUUCACAGUCUCCGUACUCCAGUUUACCUGUGUGAUGGGAAGUCAGGGAGGAAGGACAAAAACCAGAGGAGGGAAAGUUUCCUUUUUUUUUUGGUCAUUCUCAAUGAACACGAGGAGGAUAUUGCACUAGAUCAGAACUGUUCCCGUGGAUGGUUACUGGUCUUACUGGCAUCAGACUCAUAAACAGAGUGAAGGCACUGUGGAAUUAUGGGUAAACUUUUUUGCACAUACACUGUCACAGCUGCAGCAUCUUUGAACAAGAGGGACGCCCCCACCACGAAGAUUACAUCAGAGCUGAUAACAUGUUCACUGACGAGUGUGUGGUUGCCAGAUCUUAAAGGCUCUGCAGGCGUGAGAGUAAGAAUUGCUGAAAAAAAAGGUUUAAAUGUAGCCAAGAGAACAUGACGAGAGUCAAGUCUCUUAUCUGCCGGAGUUAUUUUUUUUGUUACUCCACAGCGCUAACAUCAUUCUCAUGCUCUUUACCAGGGCAAUGUUGCAGCAGUCAACAUGAAAUUACAGCCCAGGCUCCUCAGUGUUGGUGUUUCAGUAUGAGGUCAUCCACCAAGGUGAUGUGUGCGUUUGAAGAAAGAUGGUGCUAAAAAGAUAUCUUUAAGAAACUUAAUUAUAACCACGUCAAUUUCAUGUGAAAACCAAGAACAAUAAUAGUAGCGUAUUGACGUUUCCUGUCCGCUUAAUUUAAUUCCAGGCCACGAACGUCACAGUUAACUUAUCCAGGAGAGAAUUAGCUGCAACGUUACCUUGACCGCUGCACUCGUUAUGUGAUUUUUGAUCAAUAUUUUUUUAUGUGAUUUUUUAAGAGACACUUUCUUUGUCCAUCCCCGAGUCUAGUUUUAAAUGAAAAAAAAAAACCCAGCACCUACAGUAUAUGUUAAACAAAUCUUCGGACAAACAACAGUUUUUCUUUUCCAAAGUCAACAGAGGUACAGUAUGUGACUGCCUCCACAACGACAUACGUGUUACUUUAUUUAUUAUUUUUAAUUUUACAAAUUCAAAGUUUAAAAUAUAAAGUAUUUAGAUUAGUUUCAGAGAUAUUUAAAUAUACUUUGAGAAUGGAAAAAAAACAAGACUAGAGUCUAAGAGUCCUGCGUUACACGUCGACUUUGUUAUCGUUGGUGAAAACAAAAAAAGUUAAAUUUAACUCAAUGUUGACUUAAUGCUUUUAAUGAGCUGUUUAAUUAUCCAAGCGCCUUUUUUUUUUCUUUUUCAUUUUUUGGUCUUCUAUUUGCCCUGCAGAACAAUUUUAGUGAUUCAAAUUCACUGGUAUUUUCUUGCGUUUAAAUUGAUUAGAUAAUUUAAAAAAGAGAGAAAUUUGGCCACAUUUCUUUGCCUUGAUUUGUACAAAGAGGCUGAAAACUCUUACAUUUCCCGUCCAUGUCUGUCCUUCAGUAUCAUAACAUUGCAUGAAAGUAAAAGUCCACCUCACUAAUUCUAAGCUACCUAAGAUGAUUGUCUGUGAAUGUUCGUUUAUCAGCUUUUCGCUUUUGAAGAAAACAAAAUGCUGCUGCAAAAUGCACUGUGAGAAUGUCUGUCGUCGUCGUCGUUGUUGUUGUUGUUGUUGUUGUGACCAAUGCUGUAACUGCAUUCAAAUGUACAUUAUUUAAAUGCUGUGACGCCGUGCAUCGUCGUGAUUGAGCGCUUC